AUGUCCGUACACGGUCCCGAGGAGGAGAGUGACCAGAACGCGGCGGUUGAGCUGUUCGACGGAGACGAAGAGGAAGAAGAUACCAUAGACGACUUCCAGAGUGACCAGGAGCAGUCAAGGCACGACGAGGUCAUCGACAACUUCCUCGCGCCUCUCGCCGUCAACGACGCCAGGCUGUACCAGCUUGGCUGUCGUUUCUCACAGCUCUACCUCGAGCUUGCGCGCACCUCCGACCAGCAAUUCCUGCCCACGCCUGUGACCCGGCUGCCCAGCGGCCGGGAGACGGGUCGAUACCUGGCCAUAGACGUCGGCGGAAGCAAUCUCAGGGUCGCCUUUAUCGAACUACUCGGCGCUGAGAGCGAUGAUCUGGAGACCAGCAGCAACGGCAGCGAAUCCAUCUCGAACUCGGAGAGAUCACGUGAUACUCUGCGAAAGGCACGGAGACACCGAGUUCGACGGACGCUGGAGAAAGCCUGGCCGAUAGCAGAGCAUCUGAAGAAGGACAAGGCAGAGGAUCUCUUCCUGUGGAUCGGGGACUGCAUGGCUGAGGUGGUGGCCGACAGUCUGGCUACGGACGCCGCUGUCCAGGAGCCCCCCGAGGAGCUCGAGAUGGGCAUCACCUUCAGCUUUCCCAUGAUGCAAAACUCGCUCUCGGAGGCCACGCUGAUGCCCAUGGGAAAGGGGUUUGCCAUCACCUCAGACCUGAACCUGGGCAAGAUACUGCUGGCAGGCUAUGACAGACAUACCCGACGGCCGUACGGCUCUGACGAACCGUCUGCCAAACGGCAGAGGAGGUUUCCCCUGCCAAAACUGAAGAUUGCUGCCAUCACCAAUGAUACCGUUGCUACCCUGGCCUCUCUGGCCUACAUGGUCAAGUCAUUGCCCAACAGCCGUGUUGCCAUGGGACUCAUCGUGGGAACCGGCUGCAACGCCACAAUACCCAUGAAACUGUCAGACCUACACGAAUCCAAAGCCAGGCAUGUCUCCGCGCAGCAGCCAGAUGCCACUGAGACAGUCGUCAACACUGAAUUCACCCUGGGUGGUGCAGCCCCCCCUCUACGAGAUCUCAAGUUCACCACCAAAUGGGACAUUCAGCUGGACGAGCAGUGCGCGCGCCCUGGAUUCCAGCCGUUCGAGUACAUGACCGGCGGACGAUACAUUGGCGAGCUGGUCAGACUCGUCUUCUACGACUACUUGACAUCAGUGAUGGGGCUGUCGCCAAAGUUGCUACCCGCAAAUUUGAUACAGGGCUACGCCCUAUCAACCGGCUACCUCUCCAGCAAUGUAGCCCCCAUACGUACUGACCAGGAUUUGCUGGAAAAGCUGAAAUCUACUCUCCCUCCACCAGAAUCAAGCACCUGGAACUGGGACAUAUCUACUGCCCGAGCGUUCCGGAAAACAGCUAGGAUAGUACAGACACGGUCUGCAGGGCUUAUCGCCGCUGCCGUCGUCGGCCUUCUAGCGUGCCAGAAGGAGAUCCAACUUCGCUCCGAUGGCGCCACUAACCCCAGACGAUCUACCAAUAUCAUUGUCCCUUCCUUCAACAAUUCAACGGAUACUAUCACGAGCGUGUACAGACCUGCCUCUACGACACCGCAGGGCCCAUCUACACCUGGCAUGGACUCACCCCCGUCAGGCUGGCAGUCUGGCCCGGAAGAGCUGGUCGUUGCUUACACGGGUGGAAUUAUCCAGCAUUACCCGCAUUUCAAAGAAACCUGUCAGGGCUUCAUCGACCGUCUCGUCAUCUGGGACGGACCACAGGAGAGUGGUAAAUCCGUGUUCCUGAGAGAAGCCUCCGAUGGAGGCAUCAUCGGUGCUGGUGUUUUAGCCGGCAUGGUGUCGAGCACUUGA